GCAGGCCCCGCCCCCGCUUUGAUGACGUCACGGCUGUGGGCGGGUCGUGCCGAUACAAAGGUGGUGCGUGCGGGCCGAGCUGGUGUCAGAGCUGCUCAGCGCGCCGCGCCGCGGCCCUCAGCGUGGUCGGGUCACGUCAGCAGAGGGAGGCGAGACUCCGCAACGAUGCCGAUCGCGCCGGCCGUGCUGGUGGCACUGCUGCCGCUCUGGAUCCAGGCCACGGUCGCCGCCGCUCAGAUGCAGUUCUCCGUAGACUGGGCGCACGGCAAGCGCUCGGCGGUGCCGCCGGUGCCGGCGGGGCCGGCGGGGCCGUCGGCACUUAGGCUACUCGACGAGCUCGACGCGGGCGAGAUCUCCGUUCCGGCGGUCCACCAGCUGAGCGGCCCGCCGCCGAGCGGCCACCGCGGCCCGCGCCGAUCCUGUGCCGUCGACGGCGCCGUCCUGCGCCAGGUCUUCGACACGAUUAUGCGGGAGGCGAACCGAGUUGCUGCCUGCCGGGUAAAAAGCAGCAUCUAUGAUAUCUACAAGACAACUUAGAGCUCCACUACGGCGACAGCCGAGAAAACACCGAGAUAUCUGCGGACAGUGGCUGUCUGCCGAAGCUCUCAGUCAGCUGUGUGGAGUGCAGACAGCGCUGUCUGUCGUGACAGGCCUCGGACGGUGGUCUGCAGACCACACAGACCACGGCUGAGACCGGAGACUGUCUGCGGGCAGUCUCAGAGGACCAGACCCAUGGAGCAGACGGCGAGUGUCUGCCGGGACCGGCCUCAGGCAGGGAGUGUCCAGACUGCGGACGGUCUGAAUGCGGUAGCCAAUGGAGGAUGUCUAUUUACGAGGACCAGCGUCAGGCUGCCGGUAUCCAGACUUUACAUAUCGACUGCAUUCCGUGGAUAAUCAGACUGCAGACAGCACCUCAGUCUGACUCUGUAACUACUGCAGUGCUUAUCUGCGGCAAAGGGCCACUGGCUUCGAUACCCAGUACGCAAGCGCGACAGAUACCGACUGUGUGGUCAUAUGCAGGUUCAAAUAACCGAUUUCAUCACGACAGAUCGCGGGUGUAUGCCAGUGUUCCGUCAAGUUUUGUCAACAAAGCAGCACCCAACGACUCAUUUGCGCAAAAUGUAAUGAAAAUUCAAUCACUCGGAGCUAGGAGAGCCCGCAAGGUCUCACGAAGGUCAGCACUGCACCUGAGGUCACAUUAGGUCAGCCCUCUAUUCCGCUGGUGACACUAGCUGUCCUGAUUUGACCUCUGUCAUUUAUCACAACCAUUAGUCAGCAAUGCUUUGCUAUUGGACAUAAAUUAGCCCCACAGUCCUCUUUGUUUCUUUCAUGUUUCGUUUGUGCAAAUAAACCUCAGCAUUCUACA